CUCGGCCCCUUCUCCUCCCUGCCGCCGCUCCUCCUCCCCUCCCCGCCGCACCGACGAGGCUGCGGGGCCGGAGGGGAAGGCGGUGCUGCCUGCGGGGAGGAAGCCGGAUGAAGCCCCUCGGGCAUGCAGAGAGCCGCGGGGACCCUGCCCUGGAGCCCAGCGGCGGCAUCAGGAAGACAGCUGCCUUCAGAUGAUACAGAAUUCACUGACAGUUGCUCUUGGUCCAAUCGUGCUUCAUGAGAACUUCAGAAGAUACUAACUGAGAUUCCGAAGCUUAACUUAUUUUGUCAUUCCAGUGUUACACACAGAUGGUACGUGAACAAUACACUACAACAACACCAGGCACUAGCCUAGAGAGGCCAAAGAAUGAAUAUGUCUACAAAAUUGGAAUUUAUGGCUGGAGAAAGCGUUGCCUCUACCUGUUUGUUCUUCUGCUGCUAAUCAUCCUAGUUGUGAAUUUUUCUUUGACAAUUUGGAUUCUUAAAGUGAUGUGGUUUUCUCCAACUGGAAUGGGACAUCUACGUGUUACAAAAGAAGGCCUUCGUCUGGAAGGGGAAUCAGAAUUCUUAUUCCCUCUUUAUGCCAAAGAAAUACAUUCUAGAGUGGACUCAUCACUACUUCUCCAGUCUACUCACAAUGUGACUGUGAAUGCUCGCAAUUCAAAUGGAGAAGUUACAGGCAGAUUAAACGUGGGUCCUAAAGUGGUAGAAUUCCAUGGACAGCAAUUUCAGAUCAACUCAAAGGAUGGCAAGCCACUUUUUACAGUGGAUGAAAAUGAGGUUGUAAUUGGCACAGAUAAACUUCGAGUCACAGGUCCUGAAGGAGCACUUUUUGAACACUCUGUAGAAACACCGCUUGUGAAGGCAGAGGCUUUUAAACAGCUUAGGCUGGAGUCACCAACGCGAUCUUUGAGCAUGGAUGCGCCAAGAGGCAUUAAUAUCAAAGCGCAAGCAGGGAAUAUUGAAGCUCUUUCCCAGAUGGAUAUCAAACUACACAGCAGCGAUGGUGUGCUUUUGCUCGAUGCAGAAACCGUGCGACUGCCUAAGCUGCCUGAGGGUACAAGAGGUGGAUCUGGUAUUUCUCAGGGGCUGUAUGAAAUCUGUGUUUGCCCGGAUGGCAAGCUUUAUUUGUCAGUGGCCGGCGUGGGCUCCACGUGCCAAGAAUACAGCCGUGUCUGCCAAUGAAGCACCAGAAAAGGCGGCACGCCCUCGCUAUUCUCAGUUUUGUAGUAUUGCUAAUGAGCAUUUACUGAAAGUGGAAUUUUCAGAAUUUUAAAAACAAAGUACUUCUGUUUAUGAAACAAAUCUGUAUCUACAACUCUGGACUACAGGGUGAAAGGGGAAGAAGAGCACAAGUGACAUUUCAACUUCAGAAGAAUGACUUGAGUCAGACGAUACGUUCUGGCAGUGAGACUUUGAAAACAGCCUGACAGAGAGCAUAAGGAAAAAUAAAAGGAGUAUGUGUUCUUGCUGAACUAUUAUUCUGGCAGAUGAUUAUGUCAUUACUAAUAUUCUGAGCUCCGUGGUUUUUUUCUCUCACUACAUGUAAAUACUUACUGCAUUAGUGGGUGAAAUUAAAUUGAGGGAACUACUUGAAUUAUUUGAUAAGACAAAGCAUUAUUUGGGGAAUUAAGACAGUGCCAGCAAAUGGUCUAUGCAAUUUUGUUCUUGCAAUAACACAAAAUAGGAAAGAUGUGCUAUUUGUAGAAGUCCUGUGUAAAAGGUGUUAACUUGCUAAUAGCUUUCUAUUUUAAUUUUGCAACAUACAUGCUGAUUUGCAUAUUACUGAGAUUCACAUAAAAAUAACAAAUACAAAAAGUUACAGGAGUUAUUUAUACCUUCUGUGUCUUCAAUGCUGUACACUAAAGAGAAGAGAAGUAUGUUUGUAUAUUUUAUAAUAGCAAUAGUUUGUUGUACUGCCUGUACCAUCACACUCAUUUUAACCCCUUUUUGAUUUUAGGACACACUAAUCCAACAAGGCAAUUUACUCUGCCAGCUCGACUAGUAAAAACAAAAUAAUCCUUAAUGUGGCUCCAGAUUGUCUGCUACAAGGAACUGUUUGGGCGGUGAGGAAAAAAAAAAAAAAAAAAAAAAACUUUUUUGCAGCCUACAGGAUUCAAUUAUGAGAACUAUUUCAUUUCCAUCUGCAGCUGUUGACUGAUACCUCUGAUCCUAUAAGAGUGGGACUCCAUCACAAAUGGAGGGAGUAAAAUCACUCUUUAUUAUUUUUUAUGUUAGGAAUCAGGAUACAAAGUAAAUGCUCACCAGAGCUGACAAACCAUUUACUGACCUUGUAGAGAAACACAACUGCAGACCCAUUCCCCUGUACAGUGUUGCACUGAACACAAAUAAAUUGUUUGCACACCUCUGGGUAGCAGGAUUUGUAUUUAGUAAUCUGUCAUUUAAACCUCAUGCUUUUUUAACCCCGUUGAUGCUGUUUUAUAUACACUUGUUAUUAUCACCCAAGUAGGAGCUGCUAUCACAUAGUGCCUUGGGGUCUAUUUACAGAAGGAUUUAAAACCAUAAUCAUUAUUAAACCACAGAAUGCCUGUCCUUCACAGAAAAGAAUCUUCAUCCUUAAGGCAGGAGAAUCAGAACAAAUGACCAAGAUUGUACCGUGUUUUUACACUUGGUACUUCAGCUUUGGUGGACAACUGAAGAAACCAACACUCAGUUAAGAUCCCAGAUAGCUAUAGAAGCCUGAGUUGAAAAAGAGACCCCAUUUAACAGUAUCCGUUCUUAUUGCAGUAAAGCCCUGAGUAGUCCCUGCCUCGAGGGCUGCCUUUGUAAUUUAUCCAACGAUGCUAAUGUACAGUCCUGAAAUUACCCUUCAUUAGCAGGGUGGAGCCCUCAGCAAUUCAUGCAAAUUAGAAGAGAUUCAAUGGGAAAAAGCAGGGGAAGUGUGAGAGUUGAGCUUUUGGGUCCCUUCCGGCAAAGAAGGCAACUAAAUCAAGGUCUCCUGUAAUAUUUGGAGACUGCUCUGAUUGCUAACAUCAUGCCUAAGGGAGAAGUAGGAAGCCACACAUCCUCCAUGUCUAAAAUUCCUUUUUUUCUGGCUUUAGACAUCUUCAGGAGUGAAUCCAGGGCUCUUGGCCCUAAAGAGGGGAAUAUAUGUCUACUACUGAAUAAUGCAACUAAACCCUCAGCUGUAUCAACCUCUAACAGAAACCUGUCUUCAGCAUUAAUUUAAGUUAGUUUAGGUGGUUCCAGCUUCAUAUACAAGUUUUUGCAGACCAAAUUAUGGGUAGUCUUAGCUUAUAUAUAUUGGAUAGAAAUUCUAUAUAUUACGAUAAAAGACAGCAAAUUCCACUGCAUGUGCCAGAUACCUAAAAACUACUGCUAAAAGAAACUUGGAAUGCAAUGUCUGGAAGUAGUGCAACAGCAAAACAGGGACUUAAGUCCUCAGAGAAUUAAACCACCAUCUAGUUUCAAAGACAUCUCAUUUUUCUCGUGCCUGUAUUUCCUACAGCAAGGACCAUACACACAUUCUGGGUGGUACCAAACUACUCAUCUACCUGAUUUAAUCUCUAAAUUUUAGCCAGAGACUGAAAAUAAGUACAUUAGUCACAAUUUACCUAUUCUGCUGGCAAUGAAAACGUAGCAUUUUAAGUUACUCAUUUUAAGCUUCUGUUUUGGAGGCACAGUUUCAAACAUGAAUUGCCACUUAAUACUAAGCAAGGGAUCAAAUCCAGGCUUCCCAUGUUUCAUAAGAAUAACCUAAUGCCUAAAAUGCUGGGUAUUUUGAAGCAACUUCUGUUGCAACUUCAUCCGUUGAAGUUGCUCCAUCUUAGUUAACAUUUACAAAGCUGUGGUGUAAACCUAAGAAAAUAGGGGCUAAGUAACACUACUGAGCAUUAUAUCACCUCAGAUAGACAUUGCAAUGCGUACUGUCUUUCCGUGGAGAUAAUCCUUUUUGAGUUGCCUAAAUUCACAGGUGAGUUCUGGGUAGUACUGAGCUGCUGUGUCCCAGGCUGGGCCAUCAUCCUAACCACCAGUUUGCCCCUCUUUAUUUUUUUAAACUUCAUUCUCAUUUUCAUUAUUCUACAAAACUGAUGUUAAAAACAUAGUUGCAUUUUUUAAGUUGUGAAGUGAAAAACUACAGUUUUUUUAAACCCUGGAUGGCAGCUUCUUGUCACUGAAGAACAUUUGGGGGAUUUUUUUCUUUUAAUUGUGGUUAGUAAAGAAACCAAAUUCAUGCUAAAAUUAUCACAGUGUAAUCAAUUGAUGCUGUCAUCUGAAUUGUUAAUGUCAAUGUAGUUCAUACAUCACUAAAUUAUCAUUUCUGGUAUCUCCAUGUGGCCAUCUUUCCACCAACCUUUAGUACUUCCAAAUUAUUGUUUCUACUUGAAUCAAACUCUAGUAAAGAGUUAAGAGAGUAACAGAAAAUUAUGGCACAGGAACGGGAGAAUAUGCACUUCUCUGAUUUAUUUUCAAAUACGUUAAGCAAAUGGAGAAAAAAAAUACCACCCAGCAUCGUGAACUGUAUUGUUUGCAUAUUUUUCCCCAAAAAAGAGCUACGUAUGGCAGUUAUUGUAGUUGGUUGGGAUUACUAUACAGUGAAAAAGUAAAACAUCAAAGGAGUAGUAAAUACUGAUAAUUGCCCAAACACAACCCUUUAUUUCCAUUUCACAGUCCUUUAGUAUUUACAUUUUUUAUCUUUAUAUAACUUUAUGCAAAAGGAAAUUGCAAGAAUUAACUGAAAACUGAGUUCUUGAAUAAACUUCCUACAUUUU